AUGACGACGGCCUACGAGAUCCAGCCCACGCCGGCGGUCAAGCCUGUCGCUCCCGACGGCAUGCAGGUCGACGCCAACAACCUCGUCGUCGGUCAGUGGAAGGCCGGGAUCUGUGGCUGCUUUACGGACUGCGUGCCCAACUGCUGCAUGGCCUACUGGUGCCCGUGCGUCUCGCUUGCGCAGAUCGGACACCGCAUCGGCCUCGGCUCGUACAUGAUGGGCCUCUUCGUCUUUGGCCUUGUGUACCUCACGGCGUCCAUCACGUCGGUGGUUGCGGGGCAGUACUCGACGUACACGAGUCAAGGCAACGUCUACGACAGCGACAACCGCGGCUGGGCGAUUGUCUCGAGCAGUGCUAGCUUUGCAUGCGGCAUUUGUGUCAUGAUUGUGCGCAACAUUGUCCGCGACAAGCUCCGGAUUCCGGGCAACUGCCUCGUUGACUGUCUCUGCGGCUUCUUUUGCAACUGCUGCGCGAUCGCGCAAAUGGCGACGCAAGUCAACGCGUACGACAAGGGCACGUGCGCGUUCGGGCCCAAGGAUACGCUGCCGGGCUACAUGGUCUAA